AUUGUUUUAGGCAACUUUUUAAAGUAACAUAAAACCUAAAUAUUUAGAUAUGUAUUAUAUCAGUUUCUUGAUUAUCAGAUUUUUUUUCUUUUGUUAUGCUUUUAUAAACAAAUUUUAUCUUGUCUUUAAUGGGGGUAGUUGUUGUUUACAUACUUUUACUUCUUAUCGAAACCAUCAUUUUGGUCUCUAAUACACUGUCGGCUCUUGCCUAUGGCAACAUGGACAUUUGCCAAGGGUCUAUAAUUUUUUUUUUUGUUGUUUUAAACAUCCAUUCAAUCUGUUAAAUUCCCAAAAAAUAUUCAUAAUUAAGUGAAUCUAAUUUAUUUAUUAAAAACAAAAUAAUAAGAAAUAUAUAUUUUCAUCAUCAGUUUUGGGAUACAUUUUUUCUAUUUGUUCUGGAUCUUAAAGAUCAAGUUAAAAAAAUGCAAUGAAAAAAAUAUAGAAAAUAUUUAUAAAAAAGUCUAAAUUUCGUAUUUGGCCCAGGGAUAUUCUAUUGUUUAAGUCGGCACUGCUGUUAUAUAUUCUUUUAUUGGUGUGAUCACAUGUAGGAGACCAAGUAUAUGUUGCCUCAAGCCACUAACAUACACGAAUCCGACUCAUUCUCUCUCAGUAAACUAUUUUGCCAAUUGAGUGUAUAUUAUAUAAUCCACUCUUUGCGAUCAUUUUAACUAACAAAAAAAGAGAAAAACCAAUACAAAGAGAAAGGAUCAAAUAUUGCAGCGAUGAGAUCUUUGUACUCCUUCACCUUAAUGAUUUGUGUUCUCGUCUUGGCCAUGUUGAUUAUGGUUGCUGAUUCUUCAUAUGGCGAAGGUGGGAAAAAACGCGCUCCUCCAGCAAUGGCUCCUUCACCAUCACCAAGUAAUGACGGUGGUCAUUUUGGUGGACCCAAAAAAACUCUUCCACCACCUCCAAACACAGCCACUUUCACAGUUUGCCCACAACUAAUUAUCUCCGCAACAGUGGCGACUACUGUUAGUGUCUUGGUUUUCAUCUUGUAAUUCCUUCGUCUCGACUUUGUUUCUCAAGCUUCUUUUCUUUGAUGAAUUUGUUUUCGUUCGUCUUUGCUGUGAUCGGUGGGAUUUGUACCGAGUUUCAAACUUCUCUGUUGUUGUUCAAUAAAACAAAAAAACUACUAUAUAUAUUGUUGUACUUGAAAUCCCAGUACAUAGAGAGUUCACGUUUGCAUGUACCGAUGGGUUUAUGAUCUGGUGUAAUGGAUUGGGAGCUGUUAUCAGCUAACUUAUAAGACCAUCUCCAAUCCACCUCUAUAAUAUAAAUCUCUAAAAUAGAAAAAAAAAAUAGAGAUGGUGUUUUUGCUCCGAUGUGUUUUUCCAUAAUAGAAGAAUGCUACCUCUAUAAAUAAAGAAAUCCUAUUUUUUUCCCCUAUAUAAAGGAAUCCUAUUUUUUUCCCCUAAAUAUAGGGGAAAAAAUAGGAUUCUUCUAUUUAUAAAGGUAAAUAUAGCAUUCCUCUAUUAUAUUUACCUCUAUUAUAGAGGAACACAUCGGAGCAAAAACACCAUCUCUGUUUUUCCUCUAUUUUAGAAAUCUCUAUUAUAGAAAUGGGUUGGAGAUGCUCUAAUUCCCUGAUCGUCCUGCAAGUUCGGUUUUUCGUCAUUAUUUUUAAUAGACUCCAAAACUUCCUUUCUAAUCUUAUAAUCAUCAUUUUUAAUAAACUCUAAAGAUUUGUUUUCUAAUCCUACAAUUGCCAUCUGAUAUUGUGUUUUAUUUCACAUCAUUCAUAUGAUAUCACUAAUCAUUUUCAUAAUUACCUUAUAGUUUCACUAAUUCAAUUUAAACACACUUGAUUCUGAAAAUAGACAAAUAACCAAAAAUAAAUAUUUUAUUGAUAUAGAUACCCAAAUUAAUUCUUUUAAUCAAGGUUUUAAAAAUCGG